AUGCAACUUCUCGACGAGUUGUCUAUGAUUUACACUACGUGCAUUAUGGUCUACGCGGUAUUCUCCCACCGCCAAUCCACUCGCGCUUGUCUUGCAAUUUUCCUCGCUAUUUUGUCCCUUGCUGUGUUUAUUACGGGCUGCUAUCACUACCUCCAGGAUCCAGUAUUCCACCAAAAUAUGUUUGCGCUGCUUACUACCGUCGUCGUUUUGAGGAGCAUGUGGAUUAUGGAGUUGCUGCUUCGACCAUCACGACGAGUUAAAGGGGGAGACGUCGAUUUGAUUAGCGAUGUUGCGGAGCAGGCCAGAGUUAAUCGUCGAGAUGAGGACAUUCUCAAGACAAUGUGGACGAUGAUUUCCUGCGGACUCAGUGCUGUCGCGGGUGGGUUUCUUAUUUGGAACCUGGAUAACAUUUUCUGCGGAACCCUGCGGCGUUGGCGCCGAGAUAUUGGCUUGCCAUGGGGCAUAUUACUAGAAGGCCAUGGCUGGUGGCAUAUCUUCACCGGAAUUGCAGCUUAUUUCAACCUUACCUGGGCUAUAUGGUUACGGUACUGUCGUGACGUUAAGCAAGAUAAUGUUCAGUUGGCAUGGCCAUCUGUCUUCACGUCUGUGCCUGUGGUGGUGAGAGUAGAAACCAAAAACGGCAAGUCCAAUUAA